GCGUGCUGCGGUGGCGUAAUGAAAACUCCAUCUCUAGCAGGCACAGAUUAUUUUUCUUCUCUAACCUUUGGUAUUGAUGGCAAUGAUUGCUCCCUGCUUCUAUUGCUUUAUGUUUCAGCUGCACUGGGAAGCCAUUUUCGCGGAGCUAUAUUCAUGGUCCGACCGAGUCCCAGCGGAGGAGAAAAUGAGAUGGAGAUAACUUUUCGCAUCUCCUGGCGCCGUAGUUUUAACAGUCUAGCCUAUUGUGACCAGUCCACAAUAGAGAAUGGUCAACUGAUUGGUCAACUGAUUGGUGUAGAUGGAAAUAUUCAAUGCGAACAAGGAUGUUCAGGUACAAUAUCUGAUGUGAGGUAUAUAUGUACCGAUUUUAGUGUAGAAGAGGACUGGAGCUUUGGUGAGCGUGUGGUAGCAUACACAUUUCUUGAAGGAGCUGAUAUCAUUACUAUAGCUUUUAGUGGUGGUGAUUGGAUAUCACCAUUCAGCUCAUCUUGGAGGGUUCCUACCACCUUUUCACUUGCAAGACGAAAUGACACGGGAGACAUCAACUCCACUCCAAGAGCCAUAAUGAGUCCGGUUCUCCGUAUCCAGGAAGGCUGCAACCACACUAUCAGAGUUCCAGUCACUGACCCAGAUAAUGACAUUGUGCGGUGUCGGUGGGCUGUGGGGGGUGAAUGUGCUGGGAUUUGCAACGGGUUUCCAGGUGCCAUUCUUGUUCCCGAAACUUGCUCCUUGGUUUAUGUCGCUGAUCAGGGACAAGGAUUCCGAGCAGCAGCACUCAUGAUUGAGGAUUUUCAGCCAGGAUCCACCACUCCUUUGAGUAGCGUGGCACUACAGUUUCUCGUUCUUGUUGUAGACACAAUGAGGUCUUGCUCGGUGAAUCCCACCUUUGUCCCACCUACCCCAUAUGAUGACUCUUGCAUUGUUGUUCCCUCGGGCCAUACACUACAUCUAAGACUAGUGGCAAGCAGU